AUGGGUCUGGCGAUGAAGCUUGGUUUUACGUACGACCAGUUGGUCGACACCGUGGGCAUUCAUCCGACGACGGCCGAGGCAUUUACGACGCUAGAGACGACAAAGAGCAGUGGUGACUCGACAACUGGCGGAGGAUGCUGA